UUAAUGUGUCGUGGCAACACUGGUUGCAAGAAGGGCGGGCGCGUGGGAGUUCCUGUUUAACGUGUCCCCUGAACUGGGCGAUAGCCACCGUCGCCGCCAUCAUCGCUUCAGUGCAAGUUUCAGCUGCUCUAACGCUGCGGGUGAGUAGCGGCAACGCGCUAGUGAUCAAGUUUGCUGUACCGCUGUAGACUUUUCCUUCGCGCACGAGUUACUUGGCAAGUGGGCCGCCACUCUGGACAUGGCGCAGUCGAUGAGGAUGGAAUUCUACGACGACAGUAUAUAUUUGCCAGACUACUUCUUCUUAAGCGUGCCCCGCCAAGCCAAGGAGCAUCGAGACAAAAUGGAGGACCUGCAAGCAAAGCGGGAGGCCACUCCACGUGAACACGAGGAGAAGUUGCAGCGCGUGCGCGAAGAAGACAAGCUGCGCGCCCAGAAACGCGAGCAAGAGGAGCGUGAACACCUCGAGGAGAUGGAACGGCAGCAGAGGGAGCGUCAACGGGUGUCCGAAGCAGGACUCAUUUGGGCUGGAAUAUUCUCUGCCCUGGAGGAACUGUUUUCUGGAAGCACGACUGGAGGCUCAAGUGGUCCGGCGAACUUAUCACAGGACUUCAACGGGCCUCCUCGCUGAGCAAAUUAGAUGGGCUGCACAGUGGCUCAUCAGUGACUUCCUCUUUUGCGCUUCUCCAAUUAUUAUUCGUGUGAAGUUCUGCUUAGUUUAAGCACAUUGUUUCUACGUGGGUUGCGAAUCAUGGAAUAAAUGAAGAUCCCAUAAUCAA